AUGGCAGAAGCUCACCAGGCUGUGGCCUUCCAGUUUACUGUGACUCCUGAUGGUAUAGAUCUACAGCUGGGACGUGAUGUUCUCCGACACCUCUACCUGUCUGGGCUGAUUGCCUGUAGGAAACGACUCAUCACUCUUAAGAGCUCAGUUCUGAGUGGAGUGUACCCUGCCAGUCCUUCUACAUGGUUUGCUGUGGUAGCUGUAACUCUUGGCUCCCUGUAUGGAAAGGUGGAUGUGUCAUUUGGACUCAUAACAAAGAUCAGCAAUCUCUUACCUGGACAGUCUGUUCUCACACCUGUAUCCCGCACUGCAGUGAGUGCUGUUAUCUUCUCUUCUGGAGUUUGGGUCUCUGGAAUCCUUCUGUAUCGUCAAGUUCUGCGCAUGCUCCUUUCAUACCAUGGCUGGAUGUUUGAGCCCCAUGGAAAAAGAAGUUUGAAAACAAAGCUUUGGGCAGGGUGUAUGAAGGUCAUGGCCAGACGACAGCCCAUGCUUUACAGUUUCCAGAUGUCUCUUCCAAGAUUGCCAGUGCCACGCCUAGAGGACACAAUAGAGAGGUACUUGCAGUCCGUGCACCCAUUGAUGGAUGAAGAAAAGUUCAGUCGCAUGAAAAGCAUGGCUCAUGACUUCCAGAAAGACCUUGGUCGAAAGUUACAGAAAUACCUGCAUCUCAAGUCUUGGUGGGCAACAAAUUAUGUCAGUGACUGGUGGGAGGAGUACAUAUACUUACGUGGCCGAGGGCCAAUUAUGGUGAACAGCAACUAUUAUGCUAUGGAUUUUCUAACUGUGAGUCCAACCACUAACCAAGCAGCAAGGGCAGGAAAUGCCAUACAUGCAAUGCUACUAUACCGAAGAAAGCUUGAAAGGGGCCUUAUACCUCCUGUCAUGGCUCUUGGCAUUGUCCCUAUGUGCUCCUAUCAGAUGGAGAGGAUGUUUAAUACUACCCGGGUUCCAGGAGUGGAGACUGACUUCCUUCAGCAUCUGGUAGAAAGUCGGCAUAUAUGUGUGUACCACAAGGGCCGCUUCUACAGGCUAUGCCUAUAUGAUGACAGGACCCUGCUUAGCCCUCGGCAGUUGCAAACACAAUUUCAACGCAUUCUUGAUGAUCCGAGCCCACCACAACCAGGCGAGGAAAAACUGGCAGCACUCACAGCUGGGGAUCGAGUCUCUUGGGCUAAGGCUCGCUCGGAUUUCUUCAGUCAAGGUGUGAAUCGGGUUUCACUGAGCUCCAUUGAAAAGGGAGUCUUCUUUGUUUGUCUGGACCCCGAUGCCUUAGGACAUCAAGAGGAGGAUAAGAACUCUCUCAGUGUAUAUGCUAAAUCGUUGCUUCAUGGGAAUUGCUACAACAGGUGGUUUGAUAAGUCCUUUAGUCUGGUUGUGUUCAGUAACGGGAGGCUUGGUCUCAAUGCUGAGCAUUCCUGGGCUGACGCUCCGAUCGUUGGACACCUGUGGGAGGUAUUAACAUACUGUAAUUGA